AUGUUCCGUCAUACUAGAGGUCAUCGAGGCCUCAUACCUGCAGUGACCAAACGACUAAAAAGUACAACAACAAGUCAGGGACCAGAGAGACAACCACUUCAAUCUAUCCUGAUUGCCAACAGAGGAGAAAUUGCUCUCCGAGUUGGUAAGACGGCUGCACAGUAUGGUAUCAGGACGACAACCCUCUACACCGACCCAGAUGCACACAGUCAACAUGCCUUGAGCUCUCCCUUUGCUAUCAAUCUCAGUGACCCUAGUCAAUACCUCAAUGGCGACCGAAUCAUUCAGACCGCUCGCGAUCACGGUUGUCAAGCCAUUCAUCCUGGUUACGGUUUCCUUAGUGAGAACGCAGACUUCGCCAAGAAGUGUACCGAAGCAGGACUCAAGUUUAUCGGACCUCCAUGGAAAGCUAUCGAGGCAAUGGGCGACAAAAGUCGUUCUAAGGAUAUCAUGACUUCGGCUGGCGUUCCCUGCAUUCCUGGCUAUCAUGGCACAAACCAAGACCCCGACUUCCUCAAAGACCAAGCAGCACAUAUUGGAUAUCCUGUCUUGCUAAAAGCUGUCAAAGGCGGAGGUGGUAAAGGUAUGCGGAUCUCUAGAUCACCCGACGACUUCUUGGAUCAACUAGCCUCUGCAAAGUCUGAAGCCAUGAGUUCCUUCAGUGACGAUGUCAUGCUGGUUGAGAAAUACAUCACCACACCACGACACAUCGAGGUCCAAGUUUUUGCUGACAAGCACGGAAACUGUGUUGCACUAGGCGAGAGAGAUUGCAGUAUCCAGAGAAGACAUCAGAAGAUUCUUGAAGAAUCACCAGCACCACAUCUUGACGAAGCUUUGCGACAAGACCUCUGGGACAAGGCCCGAUCAGCUGCUCUCGCCGUGGCUUACGAAGGUGCUGGUACUGUUGAGUUCAUCUUUGACAACGACUCAGGCGAAUUCUUCUUCAUGGAAAUGAACACUCGAUUACAAGUCGAGCAUCCAGUCACCGAGAUGGUAACCGGUGAAGAUCUCGUGCAUUGGCAAAUUCUCGUCGCGGAAGGAGGCAAAUUGCCCCUGACUCAGGAAGAAGUGCACGAGAGAAUCAAGACUCGUGGUCACGCAAUCGAAGCCCGCAUCUAUGCAGAGAAUCCUGACAUGACCCCUGAGAUUACCGACACCGUACGCAUCGAUGCAGGAUUUGCUGUUGGAGAUGAAGUCACAUCACAUUAUGAUCCAAUGAUCGCAAAACUCAUCAUACAAGGUCCAGACAGACACGCAGCGCUGCAGAAGAUGAAGACAGCCCUCGAGGAGUAUGAGAUUGCUGGGCCAAUCACUAACAUCGAGUUUGUCAAGCGUAUGUGCGUCAGUCCCAAAUUUGUUGCUGGCGAGGUCGAAACUGGUUACAUUGAGAAAAACAAGGAGGAAUUGUUCCGCAAAGUUGAGGUACCACACGAAGCCUGGACGCAAGCAGCUAUUGGAUUGUAUAUCGCCGAGCAAGGAUUAAGUGGCAAUGAGUCUAUCUUAUCUUCUCAGACCAUCGGCUUCAACACUGGACUAUCUGGUCCAAGAACCUUCGACCUGGUUGAGAUUCCAGCGGAUGGCAACAGCAGUAGCGCGUCGUCUGUCACUGCACGCGUACAACACGUAGGCCCGCACACUUUCUCUGUCUCGGUGGGAGACCAACAAGCUCUCCAAGUCACCAGCAAGCUUGACCAGACCAGCAAUAUUCUCCAAUCCUUCUAUCCUCACACCAGGNNCUUGGAAACGAGAGUGAUACGAGACCCUGAAACCAACAACCUGAUCCUCUUCCAGCAAGGACGACAAUACCGACUACAGCUCGCGGUUCCCAAGUGGGCUGAGAAAGCAUUAGGGUUGAAAGAUGUCGCGAACAGCGUUCUAGCACCUAUGCCUUGCAAAGUCCUCCGUGUUGAGGUAGAAGAAGGUGCAACCGUUACCAAGAACCAGGCUCUUGUUGUAAUUGAGAGUAUGAAGAUGGAGACGGUCAUCAGAGCACCUCACGACGGCGUUAUUGCGAAAGUCGUGCACAAGGCUGGUGAUUUGUGCAAAGCUGGUACCGCUCUGGUGGAGUUCGCUGGAGAAGAGGAUGAGAAGACAUCGUGA